AUGUCAAAAUUAUCUCUCUUAGACUCUCCUUAUGCUAAGAUAUUUUACCUUAUUUAAGAAUUCUAGAAAUACUAAUAUAUUACUUGGAUUGAAAAAUCUCAUAUCAAAGGUAAAAAAUUAUUAAAAGUUUUAGACUUAAUAAUUAAUAAGGAUGUAUCAGCCAACAACUUGCUAUUCUCUUAAAAUGAUUAAGAUUUUAAAGAAAAUCUAAUAAAAUUAAUUAUAUAUAUUAGAUUAUAAAUAGAAUAAUAAUAUGAAGAUGAUGAUGUUUCGACUAGCAAAAGUCUUAAAACAUUUUAAAAAGAGAAAUUAAAGUUGAAUUUAAAAAAUAGUAACUUUAAUUUAGCAAUUAAUAAGGAAUGA